AACCCAUGCACGCAUAGCCUAUACACACCGGGUCUUGUGUCUAUAUAUAGUUCGAGUCUGUGUGUAUAUAAUAAAAUAUAUAUCCUCACACUUCAUAUCAAAAAUGAAUUUUCGCCGGAUUUCCACCGACAAAACAUCCCGGCGAAGCUUUCACCGUGAAUCCAAACCUCUACACCCGGAAGACUUCGACGAUGUGUUCGGUGGGCCACCUCGUACUGUCUCUUCCCGCCAAUUCUCGGGGGGCGAGUUUGAUCGAUCAGACCACUUUUACGACGAUAUCUUCCGGAAUCCGGUGAGAGUUGGUGCGGAGAAAGGUAGCCGGAAGUUACUGGAGUUCAGGAUUCCGGGCGGCGAAGGAGGCGGUGCCUGUGCAGGUGGUCGUAGGAGCCAAGAGUUUUGUAGUGAUUUUUUGAGGAUGGAUUUUAAUGAGGUUCGGAGGUCGAGAUCGAGAUCGAAGUCGAAUUCGUCGUCGGCGUCGGUAUUGAGCUCGGAGGAGUUCAGUCCGUUCCGUCCGCCACUCAGUGAUGACGAUCCUUUUUCACCUGUUUAUGCUUCUAAGCUCAGGCCAAUAAACGGACAAUCAAAACGGGAUUCAUCAGCAAGGAUGCAUCACGUCCCAGAAAGACAGGAUGAAACUCCGUAUUUUCCAUACAGUCGUCCUUGCAAACAAUCUGUUGAUGAUGAACAGACCGAGAAUUUCAGAAGCCCAUUCUUAAAUUUCUCAAGGAGGGCAUCUUCACCCGAAAGCAUGAGCCGUGGUGCUUAUUCAUAUUCUAGUGUCAAAGUAUCCGUUGUAGACGAAGAUGACUACACGAAUGAAUUUCACGUACAAGGAGAAGAUGAUGAAGAUGACGAUGAAAUCAGCAGCUCCUAUGUUAUUCAAAUCAACUCUGGUUAUAGGGAACGGACGGAUGAAGGAGUAGGCGUUGAUGAAGCAAUCGCGUGGGCUAAGGAGAGCUAUCGGUCACAGAGCUCACCAGAGGAAUCAUCUGCUAGCAUUACUGCACAAGAGUAUCCUAGUAAGGUGAAAUCAGAAGAAGAACAAAGAAAAUUAGACGAGUCUAAGAAGAUGGAAUUGUUGGAAGAAGAUAUUAAGUUGUGGUCAUCUGGAAAAGAAAGAAACAUUAAAUUGCUGCUCUCAACACUACAAGAUAUAUUAUGGCCAAAUAGUGGCUGGUAUCCUAUUCCUCUAGCGAACCUGUAUGAAAGCUCGCAUGUAAAGAAAGCUUACCAGAAAGCGCGACUCUGUCUUCAUCCAGAUAAACUACAACAGAGAGGUGCAACUCUGUUACAAAAGUACGUCGCAGAAAGGAUAUUUCCAAUCCUACAGGAAGCCUGGUCUGCAUAUAAAUUGCAAGAUAUCAUUGUUUCAGCUCGAGGCUAGACAUCCCACAUGCACAUUCACCUCAGUCGACGACUCCAGCGUGAUUUGCAACAGCUAUAUAUUUGUCAUGUUCAAUAUUUUGUCGUUGGUUAGAUAUGUGAGACGUAGAAAGUAAAAGAUCUGUACAGGAUCAUAAAAGUUUUGUAUCUGACUCCUUAUAUAUAGAUGUGUCGAAAGGAGGAUGAUUAGUACAAUAAUGAACACAAUGUUUAUAAAAUUUGUAGCCUGUUUAUGUGUUC